UGACAAGUGGCUGGUUUAAACUCGUGGUGCGCGUGCCUGGGGUAAUUCAGUUUGUUGGAAGAUCCAGAAGUUGUGAGGAUGGAACAGUUUCAAAAGUGUUCCAGACACUUGGCGAUCUUUACUUGUAUUGUGGUGGUCAUAAGCUCACCUUUGUUCUUUCAACCGGGCUUAGCUGUUCAUCAAGAUGAGAAGACCUCAAGCGUUUCCUUUGAAGAUGUACCUGAAAUAUCCAACUGCAAAUUUAAUGUGAAGAACGGAAAUUUUAGUGUAUUUUGUGAAAAUAUCAACCUCGACUUGUUGUCUUUACUACCUAAUGAAACCAGUAAAUUGGUUAUAACAAAGGGAAAAUAUCUAACGCUCACUAAGCCUAUAUUUGCUCAUUUAUCAAAGCUGAAAGUUUUACAUCUUCCCGCCAAUGGAAUUCGGUACGUAAUUUCGAAAUCACUCAUUGGUUUGUUUAUGCUGACAGACGUUAAUCUUGGUGAUAACUUGAUUGUAGUACUGUCUCCAAAACUCUUCAGAUUUACACCAAGUGUGAAAUUUCUCAACCUUUCUCACAAUAACAUCCAAAACUUUAGGAGCAUAGCUGUUAGUGUCUCCAUCCUGCCAUCCCUGACAGAACUAAAUCUUUCUCACAACAAGCAUGCGAGUGUAAUAAAAGUGGAGGACUUCCAUAAACUAGAAAACUGCUCCUUGGAGAAGCUUUAUCUGCAUGACUGUUCUAUAAAAGUACUCGAAAAAGGUGCAUUUGUAAGACUCAAAUAUCUUAAAUUUCUCGACAUUGGUAACAAUCCACUGUCCGAGAAUGCUUUAAAGAAUCUUACAACCGACUUGCGAGAACUCGAACUGGAAGAGCUUCGACUACAACAGUUGAGUCGUAUCAAUGAUUUUCCAAGUCAUGGUCUGGCUCCUCUGGAAAACUCUAGUCUUAUAAUACUAAUACUUGACAAGAAUUAUUUUAUGACUGUUCGUCCACUGCCCCUAAUGCCUCGGUUAAGAAAAUUGUCCAUGAGCUAUUGUAAUAUUAAAGUUUUAUCCGAUUCCUUUGUUAACUUACCUAAUUUGAAGGAAUUGAUCCUUACCCAAAAUGAAAUAUUUUUCAUAAGUUCCACCAUUACUUCUCUAAAGCAUCUGCGCACUCUAGAUAUGCGUUUUUCAGCCAGAUAUGUGGAAUUAUUCGCUUUUGUUUUCAAUGAUUUUGGUCUUAGCCAGAUGGAAAGUCUCCAGAAUUUGACUCUCAAUGGAAUGCCAAUUAAUAAAUCGAUAAAAAGGCAUUAUUUCUUUGGAUUAAAAAGACUGAAAUAUCUUCAUCUUGCCAACACCAAAAUCGUGGACAUCGAAGCAUUUUCAUUUGAAACAUUAAAAGACCUUGAAAUUCUGGAUUUAGCAUAUAAUUCCAUCAAAAGCCUUGGGGAUAAUUUAUUUUAUGGAUUGAACAACUUGAGAACCCUAAAUUUACAAGAAAACUUGAUUUCAUUCACCAAAGAUUCUCUUCCCUUUCAACAUUUGUCCAGAUUAGUAGGCUUGAAAUUAAGAAACAACAAAAUUAAAACAAUUAACUCGGACAUGUUUUCCAAUUUAACAUGUUUAACACACCUGAUGCUAGAAGGUAAUCUUAUCACUUCAUGGAAUUAUGACAUUUUUCAAAACAAUUCUCAACUCGUAGUUUUGUUAUUACGGAGAAAUCAAAUUAACCAAGUAACGGACACGAUGGUGAAGGAUUUCUCACGUUUGACAAUUUUGGAUUUGUCCUACAAUCCGUUUUCGUGUGAGUGUGGAAUCCACGUCACGUUCCAGAAGUGGCUGACGAUAACGAACGUCACAAUGGUCAACUUUAAUGACAGCAACUCUCCAUUGGCCUACAUAUGUUCAGAAUUUAAU